AUGCACCCGUCAGGGCCGAAGGGAAUCGAUUCGAGGAUGCAGCGGGUGGAGAGCGUGAUGAGGCUCAUGGGCGCUCGUCUCGACAUACUAUGCGCGCAGCUGAGGGAGCAAGCCGACGAGACGAGCGUGCUGCGGCGAGAGAUUCGCGAGCUUAGAGUUGAUGCGACAAGGGGGGAGCAGACGAGGAUCGAACUAAUCGCAACGGAGAGGAACGCCGGAGUAGGAGGGGUAGAGUUUAGCCGUGACGAAUUAAACGAGGCAGCGAUGCAGCGACGACAGUGGGGGACGAGCGCUGAGGUGGCGCUGUCGGAUGCGACGAGGCGCGGAUCUGCGGAACGGCAGGCGGAACAGGAGGCGGACGGAUGGGCGGAAACGAGGGCGGAGAAGGAGGAAGCGGGCGAGGCGGGCGCGGAUGAGGAGGGCGCGUGGCGGUGGCAUGGGAGGCGCAUCAUGGCGGUGAAAGAGGAGGCGGUUCAAGCGAGCGCGGCGGAAGAGGAUGAGGAACAACAGCAGGGCGAGGCGGAGUGGUGGGGGAGGAGCAGGCGGAGGAAGCGCGAGGAAGGGAGCGCGAGCGACAUGGCGGGUGCGGACUGGGGGGGCGCUGAUGUGGCAAACGUGGUGCGCGGAGCAGGGCAGUGGCCAGUCGGGGGACGGGAGGGGGAAGGCGGUGCUGCAGGGAUGGCAGGGAACGAGUCGCAUCGUGGGUUGAGGGAGGUGGUGGCUGAGAUGAGGGCGAGAGUGGGCCGCCUGGAGAAGAGGAGUGAUGAAGGGGUGAAGAUAUGGGAGGCGCUGAUGGCGGUGUGGGUGGCAGCGGCGCCGCAGAAGCUGGGCAUGAAGCUGGCGGGCAUCUCGCUGCUCUCCGACACCGCGCUCGCCACGCUGCGCCACCUGCACUGCCUCAGGAGCAUCAGCCUCGAGAGCUCCUCGGGCUUCACUGCAGCGGGCGUGCAGGAGCUCUUCGCGUGCCCGCACGUGGGGUGGCUCAGCCUCGCCUGCACCGCUGUCACGGACGCAGCGCUGGAGGGCAUCGCGCGGCUGAGGAGGCUCACGGACCUCCACCUCUCCCACACCAGCAUCACGGAUGUGGGUCUGGCUCACCUGGAGGGAUUGCUGCAGCUGCGUGUGUUGACGCCCACUGGGUGCCGUGGGGCGACGGCUGCGGGUAUGGCGCACGUGGCACGGUUGAGAACGGUGGAGAGGUUGGAGCUGAGGGGCAGUGCGGUGGGCGAGGAGGGGCUGCAGCACUUGACGGCGCUCACCCGCCUGAGGCACCUCUCCGUGCCUCCGGGUGUGAGUGACUGUGGCAUGAAGCACGUGAGGGGAAUGGCUCAGCUGGAGAAGCUGGGGUUGUGGGAUGCUGAGGUGACUGCAGCUGGUGUGCAGUGCCUGUGGAACCUCAUCCACCUGCAACAAGUGGCAACGAAUGAUGAGCGCAUUCAAGGCUGGAUUUCCACUGUUCUGCCCCAUGCUUUUGUAGGAACAGAGCUCAUGUAUUUUUGA